GCGUGCCUGUUUUGCCACCUCUGCCCGCCUGACGAGAAGAAAAGGCGCAAGAAGGAGCGACGCUUUGUGGCUUCGAUGGGUACCACUCGGCACUACGAGGCCCAGGCCCCAGCCCGUCCGCAACGUUCGGUACGGAAGGUGUCCGAGGUGGCGCCAAUGAAAGUCCAGGUUGACAACGUCAGCCAUGGCCCCUACAUGCCGGAAGAGGCAAUGUUGGUACCCGAGGAGGCCUAUCUGCUGCAUGACGAGGUUCCGACUGCAUACUACCAGGAGUGUCAGCUGCCAGGCAUUGUAGCGCCGGAAUUACGUGACGUGGAGGCGCAGAUCAUUCAAAGAGCCCUGAUGGAGCAGGAGGUGGCAGAGGUGGAAGCCGAAUGGGGCUAUCGUCCACCACCUUCCAAUGGUCGCGUGCGCCUUGAAUUGGACAAGGUACUCCCCACACCCGGCUACUCGGGAGCAUAUUCUGACUUCAUGGAUGACGAUCUUGACCUGAACGCCUUGACUGCCUCGCCUAGCGCCGGCUUCGACGAAGAUGAAGAUACGGACCUGGGUGCAGAACUUCCAACUCUCCUGGCGCCGAGUGACACCCUUCCUAGUGAUGGUGUGGGAAGUGAUGAUGACAAGAACAACCAAGACAGCUUCUUUUCUUUCGAUCCGCUUUCGUCGCUUCGAAACGCUGGUUUGUGA